ACUGCCGCUAGAGAGCAGCAAUACAUCAACUGAAACCUGGCUGAAACUCUAGCAACCUGCAAACAUGCAACAAGCUGCUGUUGUGUUUCUAAACCGGAUAUAUGCUUGUGGACAUUAAAUUGGAGGCUGAAUCUCGGAUAAUUCGAAAUUGAAAGCCACCAUUGACUAAUUUAAGUCGACUCAAACUCCUAUUACCCACCAGGUUUGAGGAAUCCCCUGAACCAGCUCAACUCCUCCUUUUGUGUGGUCGGGUCCGCCUCCUGUCAGCUGCAGCUGCAGCAGAUACCGGCUGCUCUCUCACAGACUGCACGCUUUCUCUGCACUCUAAAUGAUCCCGCGUUCACUGUGACAAUGGAAAAUAUGACCUCGCUUCAUAAAGCUUGAUCUUUCAGAUGAAGCCUCUGGAUGCGUCUCUGUAAUUUUGGAGCCAGGAGCAGGCUAUGAUUUUUUUGGCAGCUAAAUCAUUUCGUGACAGGCUGAGCCUGCUGAAAACUUUCAAAAUUAUUUCUUAAAUCGGUGCACUGUGAGCUCCACAGCAUGUAUAAGUUAUGCAUUGUCAUCGUGGGGUGCUGUGUGCUUUUUCCACGGGGCUCUGCAGCGCCAAUGACCGGGAUUGAAGAUCCCGGUUCACAAUAUGAGAUCAUUGCAGAGCAGGAUGACAGGCUGCAGGAGGGAACUGAUGACCAGGAGAGCAUCCUCUCAAAGCUGCUGGGUGAUUAUGACAAAGUGAAAGCCCUCUCGGAAGGCUCUGACUGUCGCUGUAAAUGUGUUGUCAGACCCCUGAGCAGGAGCGCCUGCAAACGGAUAGAAGAAGGGAGCGCCUCUGUGCAGGACUUCUUCACCGUGGAGACCAUCUCAUCCGGACCAGAGUGCAAGUGCGCCUGCGUCGCUCCACCAUCAGCUGUCAACCCGUGUGAGGGAGAGUUCAGGCUGCAAAAACUUAGGGAAGCUGGGAAAGAAAAUGUCAAGCUGUCCACCAUCCUGGAGCUGCUGGAGGGCUCCUUCUAUGGCAUGGAUCUACUCAAGUUGCACUCCGUAACGACCAAGCUUCUGAGUCGAGUGGAAACCAUAGAGAAGGUGGUGUCUCUGAACAAAACCAUGGAUGAAGUUAAGCCCCAGGAAAGCCCUCGGGUCCUGGAGGAUGUGACCGAACAACCACCCACCUCACCACCAAAGCGGCAUCAGGACACAAAGAGAGUUGGGGAGGUCAACGGGGCUGCAGUCUAUAGAAACCCUGAGGGAAAGUAUGAGGAGAAGUUUAUUGGGAAAAAUCCAUCCUUCCUAAAGACAGAUGGUUCUGCUCAGAUCAUUGAGGUCAGACCUCAGGUGACUCCGAAAAACGUGGCUAACAAGGAGGCGUCUCAGGUGUCGAAGACUGGCCCCAAUGGAAUGAUCAUCAGAGGGAUGACUUUCUAUAAAUCUGAGCCAGAUCCGAUGGUGGCAGAUGACGGGGAGCCUGGAGAGAACUUUUUUGAGUAUCAUGGAUUCAGUGGUGACGGCCCAGUUAACCUCUUCAUGGAGGAGAACCUUCUUCAACACAGAGUCCCUCGACCCAGAACAAGGGCGGGACCAAGAUCACCAAGACCAAAGAAGACAGGUCCUUCCCACAGUUCCAAGAAGGCUAGUGAAGUAACAGAAGACAAAGAAACUGAGCCCACUUCAGAAAACGACUUCAUCAGUGCCACCGGAACCAAAUCAUUGGAUGUGUCAAGAGAUAUACAAAGUGACACAUCAGUCACAUUUGGCCAAACAACAACAGACACUCCCCCUCUAACCACUCAAAGAGUCUCAGCUCUGAUCACUAAGUCACCAAUUCCUCUGAUGACUGAAUCAACCGCCACUCCUUUAUUCAUAACUGCCAAUGAAACAACCAAAGCUACAAUGAACACAACUCAGCCAUCUGGAGACACAACCACAACGGAAAUCCAACAAGCGAUUACAACAAGUACACAGCCAACCACAACGGAAACUUCAACUCUUGAGGUAAAAGACCAAAUACUAACCAUACCGAGCAGUCCUGAUGCUCAUUUAAGCACAUUUGCACCAAACCCAGCCACAGAACCUUCAACUAUAAGCCCAAUUUCCACUGUGGGCAUCACAACCGAAGCUGCCCUGACCACGACAGCUGCCUCCACCCAGGCUUCAACCACAACACCAGACCAAGGAACCACAUCUACCCUCUCUCCAGGCUCAACUCUGCAGCCAUCAACCCAAAAACUGAUCACUACUCCUCCCUACACCACACCUGAGACUACCUCUUCAAUAGCUACAACUGCAACUGCUUCCACCACCACUACUACCACCACCGCAACCACCACUAAAAUUACAACUACAACUACCACCAGGCAGGGCGCUCAAGUCAAACGGAAAUACAAGAUCAGCUGGGAAGAGGAAGGUGGGGAGGACAGGCAUCCAGUUCUUGAAGAGCCUAUGCAAAGGCAGGAGGAAUCUACACAAAGCAAAAAAGGGGAGUGUAAGGACACUUUGGCAACAAUCUCACAGCCAGUGACUCACAAUACUUACGGCAGGAGUGAAGGAGCAUGGAUGAAGGAUCCAAAGUCUGCCGAUGACAAAAUUUAUGUUACAAACUUACAUUAUGGAAAUAACCUGCUGGAGUUCCGUAACCUGGAGGUUUUCAAAGAAGGCCGAUUCACCAACUCAUACAAGCUUCCUUACCACUGGAUUGGAACAGGCCAUGUUGUCUACAAUGGGGCUUUUUACUACAACCGAGCCCUCUCCCGUGACAUCAUCAAGUAUGACCUGCGCCUGCGUUAUGUAGCCGCAUGGACCAUGCUGCAUGAUGUUCUGUUCGAAGAGUCCUCUGUACCGUGGGAAUGGCGCAGCCACUCAAACAUCGACUUUGCCGUGGAUGAGAGUGGCCUGUGGAUCAUAUACCCGGCGCUAGAUGAUGAGGGUUACUUGCAGGAAGUGGUUGUUCUGAGUCGACUGAACCCCUCAGACCUCAGCAUGCAGAGGGAGACCACCUGGAGAACCGGGCUCAGAAGACACUACUACGGGAACUGCUUUAUCGUGUGCGGCGUCUUGUACGCCGUGGACAGCCACAACAAGAAGGACGCCAUCCUGGAGUACGCCUUCGACACGCACACGAACACUCGGAUGAUUCCCAGAAUGCCCUUCACCAACAACUACACCUACACCACGCAGAUAGACUACAAUCCCAAAGAGGGGGUUUUAUAUGCAUGGGACAAUGGACACCAAGUCACAUAUGACAUUGAGUUUGCCUUAGUAGACCCUUAGUGAGGGUUCAACAGUAGUUAUUUUAAAGAGUUAAUACUAUGGUUUGAAUGGAUUGUAGAUCAGUCCACAUGGCCUUUAGUAUGGAGAUAAACAAGGGCCAAAUGUAUAAAUAUACUUCACUGUAUUAUGAGAAAACGUUUUUUUUUUUUUUAUUUUAAUUUUUACCUAAAAUAAAUAAGGAAUGAGCCUCUGCCAACAA